AUGCGCCGCGGUAACCGUUGCAUGCAGAUGAGUGAUCGGGGCCGAGAUCGUGAUAGUGGCCGCUCCUCGCCCGAGACAAGCACAGUGCCGGCUGGCUUCUCCCGCCGCUCGAGGAGCCCGGCUAGUCCCCGUGGAGACGAAGGUGACUCCGGUAGGAAUGGCGAAGAGGGGAAGGAUCAGGCCUCGUGGAAGGACGACACCAGCAAACGUGAUAACAACGAGGAUGAACGCAGGCUCGAACGGAGGAGUGACGUGCCGAGCACAGGAGGAGGCUACCUAGCAAACCAGGUGUCUUUGCCCCCGGGCAAGUUUGCUGGUGACUGGGCCUGCCCGAGGUGUUUUGCCACUGUGUUCGCAUCGAAGCGGGAAUGCUACAAGUGCAGAACUCCUCGCCCUGCUGAAAGUGGCGGUGGAGGUGCCGGCGGACCCCCCCCGGAACACCCGGGCGCGUCGUUUCAAGUCCCUCGCCCAGGGGACUGGCAGUGCCCGGGCUGCGGUUCCAAUGUGUUUGCCAGCAAGAUGAUCUGCUACAAGUGUCGCACCCCGAAACCAGAGGGAGCGAGCUCCCAGGCUUACUACGAGGACUCCACUGGCAAAUUUGCUCGUCGUGACGGAGAUUGGACCUGUCCUAACUGCUUCUCCAAUGUCUUCGCGACGAGAGCUGAGUGCUACAAGUGCCGCACCCCAAAGCCGGGAGGGAUGGGCUACGGGGAUGGUCGAGUCUCGUUCGGAGGACGUGCGUAUGACAUCCACCCACCUCUUCACACCAGUCGGCCUGGAGACUGGAUCUGUCCUCAAUGCUCGGCCCAGGUUUAUGCUUCCAGGCACGAAUGCUUCAAGUGCAGGACUCCCCGCCCUCCUGCACCCGUCCCCGCGCACGGGUACAGCUAUGACUAUUAUGCACGCGCUGGAGCGUAUGCUGGUUAUGGUGGCUACGGCGCGCCAGCUGCUGGGCAGUGGGCGGGUUAUGGCUAUGGGGUUCCAGGACAAGAUGCCGGACAUCCUGGUGUUGCCAUGCACCCUGGAGCUGGUUACGGUGCGAAUCCAGACGUGAAGUGAUGAGAUCGCGUAACAAACUUCGUCAGGCCCCUGAGUUUGGUUCGAGAACACUCGUGUAGAUUCUGGUGGAAUCGCUUUGGAGUCUGCGCAAGAUAAUGGUAAACUCUAUCCGGUUACAAUAUGUACCUUGUCAUUUACAUUACAUUGACAUCUACAUU